AUGUAAUAAAAAGCAAAAUAAUUCUUUGCCACCUAUGGCAAAUUGGGAAUAACCGUUUACUUUUCCAUCUGCUUAGCCAAUUAUGGGAUCGUUUACUUCGCAUUGAGAUAGGGAGUUGAUGUGAAAUAGGUUGGAUCAAAGUUAGGAUUUGAUACCACUCAAGGAAAAUGGGAAUAGAUUGAAACAUAUGGUACACCUACGGCAGCAUACAUUAUUUACAAACUCAUGGCCCCAAUCAAAUGGCCGAUAGUAAUAGGAACAACAGCUUUUUUAAGUAGGAAAGGAAGAAGAUGA